UACGUAAUAACUUGUCUUACAACUUAAACAGUAAAGGUUAUUUAUCUUCUCUUUCCCUCUUCAGCAAGAUAGAACAAAAAAUGGAGAGCUCAUCAAUCCAAUGCAUUUUCUUUGUGUUCAUCGUUUUCACCUUCAUUUCGCUAUCCACUGCUGCUUCAAGUCAUGGAGAAGUUGAGGAUGAACACGAGUUUAACUACAAGAAAAACGACGGUAAGGGGCCAGAGAGAUGGGGAGAAAUUAAACCGGAAUGGGAGAUGUGUGGAAAAGGAGAGAUACAAUCUCCCAUUGAUCUGAUGAACGAGAGAGUUAAGAUUGUUUCUCAUCUUGGACGGCUUAUUAGAGACUAUGAACCUUCCAAUGCCACUAUCAAGAACAGAGGCCAUGACAUUAUGCUAAAAUUUGAAGAUGGAGCUGCAGGAAGUAUUAAGAUUAAUGGAUUUCAAUAUGAACUCCAACAGCUUCACUGGCACUCUCCCUCUGAGCAUACAAUCAAUGGAAGAAGGUUUGCACUUGAGCUGCAUAUGGUCCACGAAGGCAAGAAGGGGAGAAUGGCUGUUGUGACUGUCUUGUACAAAAUCGGAAGAGCUGAUACUUUUAUCAGAUCGUUGGAGAAGGAAUUAGAGGCCAUUACUGAUCUGGAUGACGCAGAGAAACAUGUAAGGAUGAUUGAUCCGAAACAAAUUAAGAUCGGAAGCAGAAAAUAUUACAGAUACAUAGGUUCACUUACCACUCCACCUUGUACCCAAAACGUUACUUGGAGUGUCGUUAGAAAGAUUAGGACCGUGACAAGAGAACAAGUGAGGCUUCUCCGUGUGGCUGUGCACGAUGACUCGCUGACGAAUGCGAGACCGGUCCAACCAAUCAACAAGCGCGUGGUUCACUUAUACAGACCAAGAGUUUAGUUGAUGAAGACACAUUACAAGUUCUUACCAAUCUUUAAUUCUUCAUAUAUACACAAAAAUAAUGGCUUCAUUAUUACUA